GGUGUCAGCAGCCUGGGGCGGAUCUCUCCGUGGUUCGACGGGAUGCCGACCUUCGCGGAGGUGAUGCCCGAAUGCGAGAUUUCUGCUACCCAGGUGUGCCAGGCGCUGAAAGGCGCCGGCGAAACAGCCCCAGGGUCAGACGGCGAGGUCGGCGUCGAAGUGCUCGUGGACGCCCCGCAGGCGGUGGUGGCAGAGGGCUCGGAUGAGACUGUGAUGCGCGAGUACGGCUCGGGAGACAAUCGGCUCGGAUCUUGCGAGUUCAAUGGCAGUUCGUUGGCUCUGUUUCCGAAGAAGCCUGCUGGGCAAGACCCCGCAGCUGGCGUAGUCUUCGCUCAACCGGACACGCGGCCGCUCAUGCUCGCGGAUACUUCGAACCAGUUGCUGGCCAGCGCCCUGCGGUACGCCAUCGAGCCGGCGAUCGAGGGCCUCGCGGGUGCGAGCCAGCGGGUUAUUUUCCGCGGCCGCUCUAUCUCGGCCAACGCCAUUGACCGAGAGGCGUCGGUGCAGGCGGCGGUUCUUGAUGAUAACAUGACGUACGCCCUCCUGUUCGACAAGCGAGUGGCGCUACCCAGUCUGGAGUACGACUACUUGUACUAUGUCUUGGACAAGCUGGGGCUGCCGCGUGGCGUGCGCGCCGCCAUCCGCGCAUUCUACGCAGGGCAGCGUCGUUGUCUGGCGGUGGCUGGGCACUGGUGGGAGGGCGUUGCCAUCGCGGCGGGGACUCGCCAGGGGCGCCCUCUCAGCCCCCGCCUCUUCGUGCUCGUCGCGGAGCCGUUCAACCGCCAGCUCGGCGCCGUCGAAGCGGAUCACGGGCGCGGCCGCGACUGCGCCGCUUGUUCGGGGUUGCACUUCGCCGCAGCGCCGGGGUUGCACUUGAACGUGGCGAUAACGGCGCUGCUGCCGCCGUGGACGCGGCAGCCCAGGGCCGCAGCCGACGCCCGGCGGCAGGCCGCGCCGGCCUACGGCGCAGCGCGGGCCGCCCACCCCAGCACCUACCCGGGCUUCGAGGUGGGCCCCGCGGCGGCAGACAGCGGUUGGGACGCCCCCGUGCGAAAGUUCAGGGAGGCGGUCUGCACGCGGGCGGGGCGGGCGCAGGGGGUGCAUCUGGCGACGCUGGGUUACGGCGCGUUUGCAAUUCCGAAGCUGCAGCACACUGCGCCGUUUCACGAAGCGCCUCCUGAAUGGCCAGCUCUGGAGCGGUGGGCCCUUUCAAAUGGCUCCCACCUGCGGUCGCCCAGCAUUUGCGAUGAUUUCCAGAUGUCGCAUCAGCUGCAGUCGCUCAUUACUUCGGGGCCUGCUGCCCAGCUGCGGGCGGCCAUCGCUGGAGGUGGCCAUCGCCAGCGCAUCUGGUUGGACGAGAUGCGGAAUCGACUACAGCGAGCCCGCUACCAUGCCAUUGCCACGUGGGAUGUCGAUUGGCGAUGGCAGAACUGGUUUACUGGGGGGCCCGCUCAGAGGCUGCAGGUCGAGGUGGACGACCUGGGCCGCCAGGGGGUCGUCACAGGGUCGCGAGUGUUAGAUCAGGGGCUGGAUUGCUGGCCGCGCCCGGUUACGCUCGCGACCUGGAGAAGGUCCCAGAAGCGCACCCAAGCCUCGGCCGCGACGUUGCUGCGGCGCUGGCACUGGCGGCUCAUUGGAUUUGCGGCAUUGAACGCCGAGCCAGAAAUAUCGAGACCCGGCUUCCCUGCCAG